AUGUCACAUGUAACGCAGGACUAUGCCAAAGCUCUUGAGUACUUUGAGAUGGCCGCACAACAGCAUCAUGCAGGGGCACUUUUCAAUCUCGGAGUGCUCUACUUUAAUGGAACAGGAGUGGAGAAGAAUAUUGAAAAAGCAUUGCACUAUUUGGAUCAUGCGGCUCGUCAUCAAGAUGUGGACGCAUUGAGUGUGUUGGGAGCCAUCUAUUUGCAGGGUCUGCAUUUGGAGGAACCCAAUGCACGAAAGGCUUUGGAAUACUUUGAGAGAGCAGCUGCUUUGGGUCAUGCAGAUGCUGCUUUUAAUGUGGGGCGACUUUAUGAAGAAGGAUUUGGUGACUGUCCUCCCAAUGUUGGAAAAGCAAUGGAAUAUUAUGAAUUGGCCUCUCGUUUGGGAAGUAUGGAAGCCAAUUAUAAUUUGGGUUGUUUGUAUGUGAAGAAUGACAGCGUGCCACAAGAUUUAUCCAAAGCUCGUCACUAUUUUGAUCUCGCUGCUGAACAAAACGAUGCACAAGCUCAAUUUAAUUUGGGAGUGAUGUAUGAAAAUGGAGAGGGAGUGGAAUCGAAUAUGGAUACAGCAUUGAAAUAUUAUGAGAUGGCAGCUCAACAAAAUCAUUCUCUAGCCAAGCAGCGUUUGCAAGAUCUUAAUAGGGAAUAG